GCGUUGGUCCCGCCCGCAGGGUGCUCGCUCCUCUCCUCUCCGCUCCGCUCCGCUCCGGGCCGCUCGGGCGUUUUCUCUCUGCCUUAAAGUCGGGUGUCUUUUAUGAAUAAUCAAAAGCAGCAGAAGCCAACGCUAUCGGGACAGCGUUUCAAAACCAGGAAGAGAGAUGAAAAAGAGAGGUUUGAGCCUGCUCAGUUCCAGGACUGUAUCAUCCAAGGUUUAAGCGAAACAGGCACUGACUUGGAAGCUGUAGCCAAGUUUCUCGAUGCCUCUGGAGCGAAGCUCGACUAUCGCCGCUAUGCAGAAACACUCUUCGACAUCCUGGUGGCCGGGGGGAUGCUGGCCCCAGGUGGUACCCUGGCAGAUGACAUGAUGCGCACAGAUGUCUGUGUAUUUGCAGCACAGGAAGACCUGGAAACCAUGCAAGCAUUUGCUCAGGUUUUUAACAAGCUCAUCAGGCGCUACAAGUACCUAGAGAAAGGCUUUGAAGACGAAGUCAAAAAGCUGCUGCUGUUCCUGAAAGGUUUCUCAGAGUCUGAGCGGAACAAACUGGCCAUGUUGACGGGAAUCCUGCUGGCCAAUGGGACACUUAAUGCAUCAGUUCUCAACAGUCUUUAUAAUGAGAACUUGGUUAAAGAAGGUGUCUCUGCAGCUUUUGCAGUGAAGCUGUUCAAGUCGUGGAUAAAUGAGAAGGACAUCAAUGCAGUGGCUGUCAGUCUCCGUAAAGUAAACAUGGAUAACAGGCUGAUGGAACUCUUCCCAGCCAACAAGCAAAGUGUGGAACACUUCUCCAAGUACUUCACUGAAGCAGGAUUGAAAGAACUUUCCGAGUAUGUUCGGAACCAGCAAAGCAUAGGCGCUCGGAAGGAGCUGCAGAAGGAGCUUCAGGAGCAGAUGUCACGGGGAGAUCCAUUUAAGGAUAUAAUCUUGUACGUGAAGGAGGAGAUGAAGAAGAACAACAUCUCAGAACAGACCGUCAUAGCCAUAAUCUGGUCAAGCGUCAUGAGCACUGUGGAAUGGAACAAAAAGGAGGAGCUGGUAGCAGAGCAAGCCAUCAAGCACUUGAAGCAAUACAGCCCUCUACUUGCUGCCUUUACUACCCAAGGCCAGUCAGAGCUGACUCUUCUACUGAAGAUUCAGGAGUACUGUUACGACAACAUCCACUUCAUGAAGGCCUUCCAGAAAAUAGUGGUGCUCUUCUACAAAGCUGAAGUUCUGAGCGAAGAACCCAUCCUCAAGUGGUAUAAAGAUGCCCAUCUUGCAAAAGGCAAGAGUGUUUUUCUGGAGCAAAUGAAAAAAUUUGUGGAAUGGCUCAAGAAUGCUGAGGAAGAGUCCGAGUCCGACGCUGAAGAGGGCGACUGACCUGUGUAAUUGUCUUCGGUAAAGCAAACAGGAGCUGUAGAUAAGUGUCAUGUCUCACGUGUCCUUCUGAUUCCUACAUCCUACCUCCCUGUAUCAAGCAUGAUAUAAGGGCUUUCAUGGCAAAUUUAUUUUAACUGUUUUCUAUAGUCACGGAAGUACUGGGUUCAGUUUUUAAAACCAUGUUUUAAGUAGCUUACAGGAGCUAUAGAGUUGAUCCUAACCUACAUUAGUCUUUUCAGUUAUUCUACCUCCUGUAUUUUCUACUGUAAUGAUGUAAUUUAAGGCCUUCCACAAUGAAAUCCAUGUUACCCCCUUGGGUUUUCUAUCUCCAUAUGAGUAGUAGACAUGCUUCAGUAAAUGAGAUUUAUGGCAGUUCUGUUUGCAAAUUAAACUGUUAAGUCUCCAAAGUGAAGAGGCCAUGGCUUUUGUGGUAACUUAGUGUGACACUUUAAUCCCAUUCUGCUUGCUCCAAGUAACCCCAUUCAUAAAUGCGGUGUCCAUCUUCCCUAGCCUCUCUCUGUCAUCUCUGUCCACGCUUCCAGCAUGAAGUAAUCCCGGUGCAGCAUUCCCGGCUGCGUCCGUGCCGCACCUGCCGUGGGGGUGGCCCCACAGUGGGGCAUGAAGAGCGGGGCUCUCUGAGCCGUCACUGCUGGGGCCCAUGUUCCUGGGGGCUGCAGCAGAGCUGGGGUGGCUGCUGCAGGGUGCUGGUAUGUCAGCUGCCCGUGCUGGGGCAGGUACAACCAGCCCUGCAGUGUGACAGCCCUCACCUGCACCGGGAGCUCCCGCCUGGGCGGCUCCCCUUGCUCUCCCUCGGUGAGGACCAGAGCGCCUGCCGGCGGUGGCUGUGCGGCCACCGCAAGGGAAGCGGGACAAAACGCUACAGCCACGGGCAAUUACUUUAUGGUGGCGGUUAGGCUGGUAAUUAGCUACUCAACAAAAUUUUGUCUGAAUUCUUACUAGCAAUUCUCAGGACAGCUCCUGAUUAAAGACAGAUUGAGGGAAGUCUGGGUCAACAGUGCUGCGAGCUAACGAUGAGCAUUACUAGAAACACUCUUGACCAGUGCACUUCUAAAAUGCAAGAACCUUGGUGAUCACAAUGCAAUCUAUUCAAUAUUACCGUGAUCUUCCU